UUGGGCCUAAAUGAUCACCAUCAGAAUGAAGUGAUUAACUAUAUGCGUUUUGCUCGCUCAAAAAGAGGCUUGAGACUCAAAACGGUAGAUUCUUGCUUCCAAGAUCUCAAGGAGAGCAGGCUGGUGGAGGAGACCUUCACCAUCGACGAGGUCUCCGAGGUCCUGAGCGGACUGCAGGCCGUGGUGCACAGCGAAGUGGAGUCUGAGCUCAUCAACACCGCCUACACCAACGUGCUGCUCCUGCGGCAGCUUUUUGCACAAGCCGAGAAGUGGUACCUUAAGCUACAGACAGACAUCUCUGAACUUGAAAACAGAGAAUUAUUAGAGCAAGUUGCAGAGUUCGAAAAAGCAGAAUUCAUAUCUUCCAACAAAAAGCCUGUCCUAGAUAGCAUCAAGCCGAAACUAGCUCCUCUUAACGAAGGCGGGACGUCCGAACUCCUGAACAAGGAAAUUUCAAGGCUUCAAGAAGAGAAUGAAAAAUUGAAGUCAAGGCUGAAGACCAUUGAAAUGCAGGCUAUAAAUGCAUUGGAUGAGAAGUCAAAACUAGAAAGAGCAUUGCAAGAUUUGCAGCUUAAUCAAGGGGAUCAAAAGGAUUACAUACAAUCCCAAGACAUGAGUGAGUUGGAAAACACAGUUGCUGCUUUGAAGAAUGAGUUUCAGAGGACCCUCGAUGACCAGACGGAAACCCAGAAGUCCCUGGAGGAGAACCUGGCGACAGCCAAGCAUGACCUCCUCCGUGUUCAAGAGCAGCUGAGCUUGGCUGAAAAGGAAUUAGAAAAGAAAUUCCAACAAACAGCUGCUUAUCGAAACAUGAAAGAGAUUCUUACCAAGAAGAAUGAGCAGAUCAAGGAGCUAAGGAAAAGACUGACAAACUCCAGGGUCUUUAAUUGA